GCAGCUGAUUGGUUGAAAUGUGCAGAGAAAGAUAAAUAAGCAGGCUGCGUUUGAACAUUGGCGGUGAAAGAAAAACCUAGGAAAGAUUGCAGAAAAAUAAUGUCUUUUCCGAAGGCAAACAUUAAAAGAUUUAACGAAGUGUCGGCAUGUGCUCCUCCUGUUGGAUCAUAUGACCCAAAAUUAGCUGGAAAACAAGCAGGAGGCAUUAUAGACAAAACAGAGAGAUUCAAGGCUCCCAAAGAUGGAGGAAUUGACGUUUUAGACACGCCCUCAAAGAAAAGAAUUCCUAGUGACUCUGUGUUCAACAAUACCACAGUGAUUGACUGCAGUAGCCUGAAACCUAAACCAAAAAAGACUGAACAGACUCCAUCAGUGGAAGCCAUCAAGAUAAAGGAACUAGAGAGAGAGAUUCGCCUUGUCUUACAAGAGAGAACAAACCAAGACAAGUUGUUAUGUCAGCGUGACGAGGAAUUGACGAAACUGGAGGGGCGAUUAGCUAAUGCUCAGACUGAUCGUAGCUGUCUGAUGGCUAAAGUAGCCACACUGGAGAAAUCCAUUAAAGAUGCAAACAAAAGCAACGAUCUUCUAAAGAACAAGAUCGCAACAGCAGAAAAUUCAGGUAAGAAGAAUGAAGUCUUAGUCACUGAACUAUCCAGUCUGAAGCACCAGCUCGAUGUCAAAGACAAAGAAAUCCACCGGCUUCGACAGGAACUUGAUGCCCUGAUGAAAACUCAGCUUUCAGAUUUUGCUAUUUUUGAAUCUCUCAUGCUAACUUUGGAAAAGAAGGUUGUAGACCUCGAGAACAAGAAAGUCUGUGGCAGUCCUAGGAAAACAGAGUCCACAAAGCCAGAGACCAACUUAGCAGCCCCAUCUAGUGAGAAGUUAGGCACAUCAAAGAAAAAUGUACAGAAACUUAAAAAAAAGUUUGAAGAGGCAAUAGAGACAUACAGUAGUAAGGUGGAGGACCUGAGAGAAAGCAUGGAGGAGAAGUGCAGUCGAUCCAGACAACAGCGAGAGGAUAUGGAGGUGGCCCUGAGGAAGACCGAGGAGGACAUGUUACAGCUGUCAAAAAAAAUGCAGGCGGAGAGGGAACAGGCAAGAGACCAGAGGAAGUUGUUGUAUAGCAAAAUCAGGAGUCUCACGGACAAGAACUGGACCAAGGAGGAUGAAAUACGGUUUCUGAAAGGAGAAGUAUCAGCGGAGACGGACCACGCUGGAGAGAUGGACCAAGAGACGUUCGAGUUGGAGGCAGAGAUGGCCGUUCUCACUGAGAAGAUGGAACAGUUAGAGGAGGAGAAAAAUACUUUGAAUGAAAACAUUAAGAUCCUGAUGGAGAAAUUUCAGAUUUUGGAGAAAAAUCAUGGACAAGAGAAGAAAUCCAGUAAAGAUAUUAUACAGAAUUUGGAAAUCCUGUUGGGGAAUUCUCAGACUAGUCUUGGCGACAUUCAGAAGAAAUAUUCUUGUCUUGAGAAGAAGAAUAAUGACCUUAUAAGGAAAAUGCAUGACCAGAUGGAGGAAGUAGAGAAGCUCACCUCUCAGCUGGAUGGCAAAGAAAAAGAAUCCAUUAAUAUGAAACAAUUUAUUAAAGAGAAAGAGAACUUGAUCACAGACUUGGAUGUUCAGUUGGUAGGUGCAAGGAUCGAGAUGCAGCACCUUAAAGAUGAAUCCGAGGGCUACGAAAAAGAAGUUGAACAGUUGAAGGAGAAAAUCCAGGAAGUUGAGGAGUCAUUGAAGAGACAGUUGAAGGAAGAAGAAGAGGUUCACCAGAGAACUAUUCGAGGUCAUGCUGAUCAGAUUAUUGAUCUGGAAAAGAAGGAAAUGUUUUUGGUGGAAGAAAAUGAAAUAUUGAAAAAGGAAGUUGAGCAGUCCUCACAGCAGUGCAGAGAGUUGAAAGAUACAGUUGAAAAGCUGUCAACUGAUAUUACUGAUGUACGUAAACAGUCUGAAGAGGAGGUAAGACGUUUGCGUGAUACAAAAGAAAAGGAUUUGAAGGUGCUGGAAGCAAACUUACAGCAGCUUAGAGAUGAGAAUGAAAAUCUUCAAAGAUUAGUCACUGAAAAGGAGGAAACUUUGUUGAACUAUCAAGGUACAGUGUCAACUCUGGAGGAAAAGGAAGCAAUCCUCAGACUCAAUGUGGAGUCCUUGGAGAGGGAAUAUGCAGAAUUGAAACAGAGUCAAGAAUGCACUAUUGAAUCUAUCAUUGAGAAGGAAACAGAAACAAAGAAUGAAAAUGUUGAGCUGAAAAAGGAAUUAGAGUGCAUCGGGAGAGAGAAACAUGAGCUGUUCUGUAAAGUGGCUGAACUACAAGUGAGCAUCACAGAAAUGCAUUCGUCUCUGGCUGGAAAACAAAACCAUCUGGAAACUCUGUCAGUUGAGACUGGUGACAUGGAAAAUAAACUAAGAGGCAUCACUGAGGAGAAGGAGAAAUUAAAUCUAACUGUUGUGGAGUUGAAUGAUAAACUGAAAGAAGCGGAGGAGGAUGUACUAAAGGAGAAGAGUCUUCUGGAGGAGACGGAGAGUGCACUGAAAGCUCAGCUGGAGAAGUUACAACAGGAGGUGGAGAACAGUAAGGAUGUGUUGAUACAGAAGGAGAGACAUGUCACCAGUCUAAUGGUGGAGAACAGCCAACUCAUGAAAGAGAUAGACUACUUCAAGUCUGUCCGAGAACAGGAUCAAGGUCAGAUGUCGGAAAAACUGAUCAGCUUUGAGGAGAGGGUGAAACAACUGAUCGAGGAGAAAGCUAACCUGUACCAGAAGACAGCAGACAUUGUGACAGAAAAAGACAGACUGGAAAUGGAGAGGAGUCAGAUGAAGAAAGAGAUGGAGCAGACUGUGGAGGACUUGGAGAGAGAAAAGAGGGUGGUGGUGGAGAGAGAGGAAUCUAUGACAGCACGGGUGAGUCAGCUGGAAGAACAGAAGCAAUCUUACGAACAGGUGAUCACAGCAUUGGGUGCUCAGGUCAAGGAGUUACAGGAGAUAAACAGCAGACUACAGGAGGACUAUGAACAGGUUACACACAACACACAGGUGGAGAGGGACAGUCAUAUCCAGGCUCUGGAGUUACAACUGAGUACUGUCACAGAGGAAAAUUCAUGCUUGACUGAUCAGAUGGGUCAGGCGGAACAAUUCAAGUGUAAACUGAAAGCAGAAGUGGACAGUUUGAAAGAAAAUAUUACCAGUUUAACUAAAUCCCACGAUGCUGAGGUGCAAAAACAUUUACACAAUAUCCAAGAACUUCAGAAAUCACUUUAUAUCUCUACUAACUCCAAUCAACAAGAACUGAAUCAGCUUCAGAGUGAACUGUCCGGUGUUGUGAAGAAGAAGGUGGAGGAUAAUAAACUAUUUACAGAGAAGAUCAGUAAAGCUAAGUCGGAGUUACAGAGUGAGAAACAGAUCAGACAGACUUUGGAGGAGGAGUUUAAUCUCCUGACAGGGAAGUGUACCGACUUAGAAGCCACAAGGCGGACCCUCACCAAGACCAUAGACAGCUUGGAAGGAGAGCGAGAUCUUAUAAACUCACAGAACCAGGAUCUUCACAAACAGAUGUCUGAGAGAGAGGACGAACAGCACAAACUGCAGAGUGAAAUCCAGAAACUACAAAGUGCUUUCAAAAACUUGGAUAUUCUCAGUUUAAAAGAAAAGGAAGAUCAUGCACAAGAAAUGGAAGUCUUGAAAGCAUCCAUGCAAGCUCAGGCGAAUCAAGAGGAACUAGACCAGAAGACUGCCGAAGCUGAAAAAUGGCAGAAACUCUUUGAAGACCUCCAGGCCAAAGUGGAACCUUUCAUGGAUCAGCUGGAUGCUUUUGAAUUAGAGAAACAAUCUCUGUUAGGAAGAAGUAACUAUGCCCAGGCUGAGAUGGACAGACUAGCGAGUCAGUAUGCUAAACUCCUGGGACAUCAAAACCAGAAGCAGAAGAUCCACCACGUGGCCAAAAUCAAGGAGGAGAACAUCAACCUGAAAAAGGAGGUAACCAUGUUGCGGGAGCAGAUCAUCAAACAAAAGAGAACCAUCCAGAAACUAGAAGACAAAGUGGGCACAACAGACAGCAAGAAAAGGUUUGACCCCAGCAUGGCUUUCAAACGCAGCAAAGAAAAUCUGGCACCGUCUUCAUCACCACUGAAGGAUGACCAGUCCUCCUGUGAUCAACAAAAUGUUGAAUCCUCGGAAACUAUAACUGUUCCUUUACGAAAUCACAAAAUUUGUCACACAUGUGGCAAGCGUAAACACUUGGAGGGUAACAGGAAGUAAGGUGCUUGGACAGAGUGGAAAGGCAGCACAUAUCUCAGGAUCAAUUUUAAUUAAUGAUUUUAAUUUUGAUAAUGUAUUUAACUUUUAACGAGUUUUAAUGUAAUCAUUGUUCAGUUUAUGGACAACAGUUUGCUAGAGAAACUUCUGUAGUUUUGUGUUGUCAGGUUUGAACAUAAAUCAAUUAUGUACUCAAUAAACUAUUAAGAUUGAA